AUGCCCUUCGGAAAAAUUCUCCACGUUGUCGGCAUCCAUGCAGCCGGCGAAGUCUGCGAUGUAGUCGUUGGCGGAGUAAUUGAUGUCCCAGGACUGACCAUGUACGACAAAAUGAUGCAUCUCUGGAAGCACCAAGAUGGAUUGCGGCAACUUCUAAUGAACGAGCCGCGUGGAUCCUCUGCCAUGUGCCAUAAUCUCAUUCUUCCGCCAUGCAAUAAAGAGGCAGAUGCCGGUUUCAUUAUCAUGGAACACGAAGAGUAUCCGCCCAUGUCAGGAGCAAACACCAUUGCCACCGCCACUGUCCUGCUCGAAACGGGCAUGAUUGAAAUGCAGUCGCCUAUUACAAGCCUUAAGCUAGACACGCCAGCGGGUUUGGUAGCGGUGGAUGCUGAGUGCCAGGGGGGCAAAUGCGUCAGCGUCUCUUUUCACAAUGUACCGUCGUUUGUGUUUGCUCUGGACAAGGAGAUUUCAGUUCCAGGCAUCGGGAAAAUUAAGGUCGACAUUGCGUGGGGGGGCAUGAUAUACGCUCUUGUUGAUGCUUCUACGCUUGGAUUGGAGAUUAAGAGCAAAAAUGGCGCGGAGUUGGUGCGGAUGGGAGAGACCAUCAAACGCGCAGUUCAGGAACAGACGGAUCCAGUCCAUCCUGAGAAUCCGAAGAUCAGGGGCGUGAGCAUUUUGGAAUUUACAGAGCCAUUGAUAGAUGAUGGUCACAAACAGUCGGCAGUUAACACCGUCGUCGUCUCGCCGGGACGACUCGACCGAAGCCCAUGCGGCACGGGGACCUGCGCUCGUCUUGCCGUUCUCCACGCGCGUGGUAUUCUUAGGGUUGGGGACUUCCUUUGUCAUCGCAGCAUCAUUGGGACGGAGUUUAUCGGAUCUAUUGGCGAGACAACAACGGUUGGAGAGUAUCCUGCCAUCCGCCCUACGGUGAAGGGAAGCGCUUGGAUCACCACUUUCAAACAGGUCGUUUUGCAUCCCACGGACCCCUUCCCUGAAGGCUUCAGGGUCGGCGAUGUUUGGCAGAUGUAA